AUGUCUACCAAGAACCCCAGCCACGGUCAAAAGGUAAGCAUAAGGAAGGCUUGUGUUGUAUCAGAACUAACAGGUCAGGUCGAUCUCGGCCAGAAAGCUCCCGUAAAGGAGGAGGGUGCUGGUACAGUCCCCAAUGAGUCUCUCGCUGCUGAGUCCUUGAAGGAGGGCGGCGAGUUCGCCUCCAACAAGGGCAUCCACGGCGAGAACCAGCCCACCUCCAGAUCCGAGAACACCAACGCUGGCCGCAACACCGAUACCUCUUCCGCUCCCAGCUCCGGCUCUGGCUCCAAGACCUCUAGCUCUGCGUCCAAGUCUUCCGGAACUGCCUCAAAGUCCGGUAACUCUGCUCCCAAGUCUCUGGCCGGCACCGCUCCCAGCUAUGUCGAGAACCAGUAUAUCAAGGAAUCUGGCCCUCACGGCAAGAACUUGAAGGAGGGAAUUGACUAUUCCAACACCAAAGAUGGUCUCAAGAAGGCCUUGGAGUCUGAGCCUGGUAGCCAGGAUGACCCUAGCCGACUUGCUGAGCAACAGUUCCAACAAAACCAGACUGCCGCUGGCCGGGAUGCUGGUCCUAAGCAGAGUGAGCUUGAGGGCAAGACUCCUUUCGAUGCUCUUGACAACGAGGCUUCCCCUUAA